GAAGGUCAAAACUCAAAAACCGAGUGGUGAGAGAAAAAGGAUCAAACGGCCAUGGCAGCUCCGCUCCGAUUUCGACUAGCCCUAGUCUUCUCAGUCUUCGCUCUUCUCUCACUGCUCGCCAGAUCCUCUUCUCAGGACCUUCAGAUCGCCAACGCCGAGCGUAGAAUCGACUUGACUUCGCAUAUCAUUAAGGUUUUCCUGACUCUGAAGGUUGAGAAUACUGGGGCAUCACCUGCUUCUGAAAUUCUUCUUGCUUUUCCACCUACACAAGUUGAUCAUCUUGCAGUUGUCAAAGCAGCAGCUACUGUGGGGAAACGGAAGAAGAAAACAUAUCAGCCACUUGAUGUAAACCCAUCUGAGCAACCUGAUUCUCCAAAUGGAACUAAAUACUUCUCUGUAUCUCUUCUCAAACCGUUAGGCAAGGGUGAAAGUGUUACUUUAGAAGUGUUUUAUAUAUUGACGCAUUCCCUGGAACCUUUCCCAGUGGAGAUAAGCCAAUCAGAGUCUCAGUUGGUGUAUUACCGUGAUAGUGCAAUAAUAUUAUCACCAUAUGCUAUUAAACAACAGACAACUUAUAUUAAGACACCAGGUACCAAGGUGGAAUCAUACACAAGAGUGGAUCCCACAAUCCACGCGGGUAAGGAAUUGAAGUAUGGGCCUUACGAUGAACAGCCUCCAUAUUCAUAUUCUCCCAUCGUCAUUCACUUUGAGAAUAACAAUCCAUUUGCUGUUGUUGAGGAGCUUGUGCGUGAGGUGGAAAUAUCUCAUUGGGGCAGCAUUCAGAUCACAGAGCAUUACAAGUUGGUUCAUGCUGGUGCCCGGCAUAAGGGAAUCUUUUCAAGGGUUGAAUAUCAGUCUAGACCAUCUAUCAGUGGUGUGUCUUCUUUCAAACAUAUUCUUGCGAGGCUACCCCCUAGGGUUCACUCUGUCUACUACCGAGAUGAAAUUGGGAAUAUCUCUUCAUCGCAUUUGCGUACGGAUUCUCGGAAGUCAGAAUUGGAAAUAGAACCACGGUAUCCUUUAUUUGGAGGUUGGAAAGCCACUUUUGUCAUCGGAUAUGGGGUGCCAUUGGAAGACUUCCUUUUUGAGUCAUCUGACGGCAGGCGCUACCUCAACUUUACUUUUGGUUGUCCACUUGUGGAGACCGUAGUUGACAAGUUGACAGUCAAAGUGGUGCUGCCAGAGGGAUCGAAAGAACCUUCUGCUGUGGUUCCUUUCCCAGUGGACCAACAUUUGGAGACCAGUUAUUCUUACCUUGAUGUUGUUGGAAGGACUGUGGUAGUUCUAGAAAAGAAAAAUGUAGUUCCUGAGCACAGUAUUCCUUUCCAGGUUUACUAUAAUUUCAACCCUAUUUUCAUGCUUGCAGAGCCAUUCAUGUUGGCUUCUGUCUUUUUCUUCUUCUUCAUGGCUUGUGUGGCUUACUUGCACAUCGAUCUUUCCAUACGCAAAUAACAAAAUGUCGAGAGAAUUCUCAAAGCUGAAACGGAUGACGCACAUCCACUUAUUUAGCAUGCUGUGACUGAGCACAUGACGGGUAGAGCUAGGACUCAAGCGUAAGUGAAAACAAAAAAACAUUUUGGGGGCAUUAAUUUGGAUAAUUUCUUCUGUUAGAAAUAGGUCACAAUUAGAAUUUUUGUCUCUGAAUUUGUCCCCAGUGAGAUGGAACUGAAGCCCCUCCAUCCAAGGUGAGCAUAAAAGUAUUGUCUUGAUUUAAGAAAUAUAUAAAGUUGCAGGAAUAUAUUGAGACUUAAAAGAAAA